AUGGGGCUACAAGAACAAUGCGGUCUCUUGACCUUGCCACCGGAGAUCCAAACGAAAAUAUUAUCCCACCUCGCUGUGUUCUUCGGCAAGUCAAGCAUACAUGCGGUCCUCAAAACUUGCAAGCAGCUAUAUGAGAUAGCGCUUCCACUCACCGUAAAGGUCUUUCGAAACACUGUCCCGUGGCCUGGAACUCACGGACCAUGUUCUCCGGCUCGCAAUAUACAAUUUUUACGCUACAUUCUCAUUACCAAGCCCUGGUUGGCCAAGCACGUGAAGACUGCAAUUUUAGGCAGGUUCUCGACUGAUCAUAGAGGAGGCGCAGAUGGCAACGAGACAGCCCAAGGCCAAGAAAGCAUUGACCGCGAGGAGCUCGCCGUCUAUCAGCAGUAUAUCCAGCUCAGAUUACGUCAACUAGCAUCAGGUGACACUGCUUCAUGGUGUGAUUCUUGGGUAGAGGAUCUAGGGAAUGGCACUUCUGAUGCUCAGAUUGCCUUGAUUCUGCUUGCCUGCCCCAACAUUCGAACUCUAUACUUUGAAGUAUCCGAUUCCAACCAUUUCGUCCGAUUGCUACGAAUGGUUCGGGAUAUAUCGGCUCGAAACGACCAACCUGGGGAGCGUGGAUCUGGACAGGAUGACGGCCAUUGUACCAAGACAAGCGUGCCCCUCUGUAAUCUCCAGGAGGUCUUUCAUGAACAGGGAGGCUUUGCAGAACGCCAGCAGGACUUCCACAUUGAAGCAUCAGAACUCUUUGCAUUACCUCGGCUCCGGAUUUACGAAGCUCUCGGGGUUCAGGGGACGGAGACUGCAGCUGCAAGCUUCGAAACCCUACCGCUUAGAGCUUCUCCAGUUGAACAGAUAACUCUAUCUAAUUCAUUUUGCACUUGGCCUAUCUGGCAUAUACUGGGCAGUUGCAAGGAGCUCAAGAAAUUCGAAUUCAGUUGGUAUAAGCCUCCUUGGCUUGAAGCUCCAAAUUUAUUGAUGCCUGUGGAUAUAAUGAAUGCUGUCUGGAUUCAUCGUCAUACACUUGAAUACCUGUACUUGGAUCUUUACGAGGAGCUCGAUCAUCGUUGGGAUCCUGAUGAGUCUGAUUACGAGAGGCUAUAUCUCGGAAUGAGGCUUCGUGAGAUGCGUUCCUUGAAAACGCUUGUAGUAGGUAUGCAGGCCCUAACCGGAAUGCUUGCCUCCAAACCUCGUGGACACCAUAAUAUGCCCCUCAAGGUUGAAGGUGCCCCCAGGAUGGUGGAUUGUCUCCCUGACAGCCUACAGUGUAUUACGAUUCAUUCUUGUGGCGAAGCAAUACUAGACCAGCUGCAAGAGUUGGUCAAUUGUGCUUGGCAAGGUCGCCUCAAAAAGCUCAGCUAUAUUUGUGUGCUCUAUGAUGAUUGGAGGGCAAAUCAGAAGGAGAUUUGGGAAUGGCAUCAAAAAUUCCCAAAGCGGCCAGAGGGCGGCCAGCCCACUAUCACAGCCGCCGCGUCGCGAACUAAAGAUGCAAGCAUGCACGACUCGUUCGGGGUCUUUUCCCUCUCCGACAAAGGGCCGUUCAAUGCUAUAUCCAAGAUCUAUGCUCCCCAUCUUCGUCGACAAUACUUGGAACGCAGAAUGAAUAUAGACUAUUGGAAUGCUGAAUAUAACUACCAGGACGACCCUAACUUGUUUGAUGAUACAUAUGACAAGGGUUACUCGCUGGUUUGGUUGCCAAAAAGCGUCAGAGAAGCUGUAGAAAUCGAGUAUUAUUGA